AUGUGGCUGAAUCAACAGCCCUUGGACGAUUGGCCCAGAGCCGAAACAGUGCAACUGGCUAGCUUCUGGUUGCAUUUGAUAACUGAGUUAAACUUCGGGACAAUUUUGUAUUAUACGACAACAGGAAGUGACUGCUGGAUUGAAAAACUAUUGAGUGAGAGCAACCUAAGCGCCACCACAUUGGUUUGGAGCAAUCGGCUUCAUAUGCCCUAUUUAAAGGAACAUCAAGAUGUUAAUAUGCUGGGCUUGGUUUGCUUGGACAUUGACCUCUAUCAACCAAUGUUGAACGCGCUGAGCAUUACGCUUAACCACAUGAGGGAGGUGCCUCUAGUGAUACAGCUUUGCAUCAAGGAUUCGCGUCAACCCAAUGAACUGGAAGUGAUCCGUAAGAUUCUUAAGCAGUGCCAGGAUCUGCUUAUUCCGAAUGUGCUGCUGCUAUUGAGCGAUUUCUUGAACACACGCAAUCUUUACGCCUAUCAGAUGUUUCCUACAUUUCGACUACUAUCACAGCUCUACAGUGCAAGGUCGCUCCUCUAUCCCUAUAAGCUGGCCAAUUUACAUGGACAGAUUAUAAGGACACGACCAGAUCUAUCGCAGCCGUAUGUAUUUAUGUACAAAGACCGCAACGGAAAUGAAAUAACUACUGGCAUGCUCUGGCGCCUAAUUAUGGGGUUCGCACGCCAAUUAAACGCCACCCUAGAACUGAGCUUAGAUCCCGCUACGAAGCAAGUCAGCUCUAUUAAGAACGGAUAUUUCAAACUUCUGCAGCAUACGCAAAAUGGACAAAUUGACGUUACAUCCAGCAUUUUUCCAAUGACUAUCUCGACGAAAAACACCAUUGCCAUGUUCAGUUUUCCCGUUGCCAUUAGUAGUUGGUGCACUAUGCUGCCAGUUGAGCGUAGGCUAACUCCUAGUGAGGCCAUAAGAGGUGUCUUUGAAUCGCCCUGGAUGUGGAUCUAUAUAUCCAUUAUAUACUCUCGAGGAAUCAAUGGAUGCAUGGACGGCGUUCGCUAA